CAUCGAUCUCUGCUCCAACACUUCGAUCGAUCGCCAACACCGGCCAAGCAAAGCAAGCUACCAUGGGCAACAGCAAGGCCGCGGUGUGCGUGCUGGCGCUCGUCCUGUGCGGCCUGCUCGCCGCAGACACGGCGGCGGCGGCGGGGUGCGACGCGAGCGCGCUGAGGCCGUGCGUGGGCGCCAUCAUGCUGGGCGGGGCGGUGACGCCGGGGUGCUGCGCGCGGCUGCGCGCCCAGCUGGCGUGCCUGUGCCAGUACGCACGCGACCCGUCCUACCGCGGCUACGUCAACAGCCCAAGGGCGCAGAGCGUCGUCGCCGCCUGCGGCCUCCCCAGGCCCAAGUGCUGAUCGCCCGCCCGGCGCGCUAUACAUAUCGACUCCGCCCCGUGUGGCCGGCGUCGUGCACGAUGCCGGGCACCGGUGGACGGCGGUCUACGUAAUGUAAUAUGUGGUUAAUUACACGGUCGACGACGCCAUCGAGCUGGCACGUACGUGCGUGCGUGUACGGUUGAGUUGUGGACGUCUGUCUAAAUAAACGUGGUUUGCUCCAAGCUGCGCAAGCAUAUAUACGUGCGUGCGUUGAGGCGGCUGGUUGUGUACGUUCUCUCAUGUUUUCCCCCAGCAUUAAUUCCAUCUGUUUUUUUA